UAGGCUUUGCUGCUCUAAGGGCAGGGAUGGGAGGGUGGGACGGAGAGGACUGCGGUACACUGAACAGCUAGGUAAGACUCAGGCACCUGGCAUCCCUGAGUCUUCCCAGGGACCCAGGGAAGGAGUCGGGGUCAGUCAAGGGUGUUUGGACCCUGGGGAGAGGAGAGAGAGCAGUUACCGGUGUGGGCAAGUGGGGCUUCCGGACACGAGAACUCGGAGUACUGGAGGACCUGGGUGUUCUGCCACCCCAGUGGAUUUCGGGCAUGGGCUGGGGUCCCCUCUGGAAGGGCGGGCCGGUGUUCUGUCGGGCCCGGGCUCAACCUCAGGCCCGGAAAGGUCCAGGUGCCAGCCGUCAGUUGAGCCAUUCAUUGGCUUUCUCUCUGCCCUCCACCGCCCCCAUGACCUCUGCCCCUUCUGUCGGGCCGUCCGAUUGGUUGCUCCGCGUUCCCCUGGCGUCUCAUUGGCUCUUCUCUCUCGCCCUCCAUCCCUGCUCCUGCACUGGUCUCCGUCUCCCAGCAGAAGGCGCAGCCAUGAAUCCGUUAUUCGGUCCCAACCUCUUCCUCCUACAGCAGGAGCAGCAGGGCCUGGCCGGGCCGCUGGGGGACCCCCUAGAAGGCGACCACUUCCCCGGCGGAGGGGACGUGUCCCCGGCGCCGCUCGCUCCGGCCGGUCCGGCUGCUUACUCGCCGCCCGGGCCGGGCCCGGCGCCCCCCGCCGCCAUGGCGCUCCGCAACGACCUGGGCUCCAACAUCAACGUGCUCAAGACCCUGAACCUCCGGUUCCGCUGCUUCCUGGCCAAGGUGCACGAGCUGGAGCGCCGCAACCGGCUGCUGGAAAAGCAACUGCAGCAGGCGCUGGAGGAGGGUAAGCAGGGCCGGAGGGGCCUGGCUCGCCGCGACCAGGCCGUGCAGACCGGCUUCGUCAGCCCCAUUCGGCCCCUGGGCCUUCCCCUGGGCGCCCGGCCGGCCGCCGUCUGCACCCCGUCGGCGCUGGUGCUGGGCUCGCCCGCGCGCUCGCCAGCCGGUCCGCUGGCGCCCUCCUCGGCCUGCCACUCGUCGCCCUCCACUUCCACCUCUGCCGGCUACUCCUCGUCGGCCCGCUUCAUGCCCGGUACCAUCUGGUCCUUCUCUCACGCCCGCCGGCUCGGGCCGGGACUGGAGCCCACUCUAGUGCAAGGGCCUGGCCUGUCGUGGGUGCACCCUGAUGGGGUGGGCGUCCAGAUCGACACCAUCACCCCCGAGAUCCGCGCACUCUACAACGUGCUGGCCAAAGUGAAGCGUGAGCGGGACGAAUACAAGCGGAGGUGGGAAGAAGAGUACACGGUGCGCAUACAGCUGCAAGAGCGAGUGAGCGAGCUCCAGGAGGAAGCCCAAGAGGCUGAUGCCUGCCAGGAGGAACUGGCGAUGAAGGUGGAGCAGUUGAAGGCUGAGUUGGUGGUCUUCAAGGGGCUCAUGAGCAAUAACCUGUCAGAGCUGGACACGAAGAUCCAGGAAAAGGCCAUGAAGGUGGACAUGGACAUCUGCCGCCGCAUCGACAUCACCGCCAAACUGUGCGACGUGGCUCAGCAGCGCAACUGUGAGGACGUGAUCAAGAUGUUCCAGAAGAAGCUGUCUCUGCACUUGUCUCCCAUUAAGGUCCCAUCCAUGGGGGGGCGGAAGCGGGAGCGCAAGGCUGCCAUCGAGGAGGACACCUCCCUGUCGGAGAGUGGCGGGCCCUGCCAGCCCGAUGGGGACGAGGAGGAGAGCACAGCCUUCAGCAUCAACGAGGAGAUGCAGCGUAUGCUCAACCAGCUGAGGGAGUAUGAUUUUGACGACGACUGUGACAGCCUGACUUGGGAGGAGACUGAGGAGACCCUGCUACUUUGGGAGGAUUUCUCAGGCUAUGCCAUGGCAGCUGCAGAGGCCCAGGGAGAGCAGCAAGAGGACAGUUUGGAGAAGGUGAUUAAAGAUACUGAGUCCCUGUUCAAAACCCGGGAGAAAGAAUAUCAGGAAACCAUUGACCAGAUAGAGCUGGAGCUGGCCACGGCUAAGAAUGACAUGAACCGGCACCUGCACGAGUACAUGGAGAUGUGCAGCAUGAAGCGAGGUUUGGAUGUGCAGAUGGAGACCUGUCGCCGGCUCAUCACGCAGUCUGGGGACCGAAAGUCUCCUGCUUUCACUGCGGUCCCACUUAGCGACCCGCCGCCACCGCCAAGCGAGACUGAGGACUCCGAUCGUGAUGUCUCAUCUGAUAGCUCCCUGAGAUAGGGACCUCCCUCCAGCCCGGCUCCCCUGGGCCCACCCUGCCAGGAGCUCACCAGGCAGAGGGUUGGGGGCUUAUGGAAGGGAAGCAUCAUCUGUUCCGCUGCACAAGCCUGGCUCUGGGGCCUGUGGCUCCUCCCUUGCCUUUCUCCCUUGGUCCUUGGCCUGGGGUGUCUGGAGCGAGGCUUAGCCUGCCCUUCCUGGGCGACCCCAGCUCACCUGGGGCACUCCUGCCUUCUUGCGUGGGUGUCUGCUACUUCCUCAUAUUUAAAAUGCUGCCAAGCGAUUGGGACCCCUGACCUUCUCCGCUAAGGAAUGUGAUUGUCAGAUCUUCCUUCCAUCCCUGUGGCCUCUAGAGCCUGCUUGAUGUCUGAUUCCGCACUGGUGCUAACCGACCCUGGCACUGGUAUGAAGUGGGUCAGGCCGAACUUUCCCUGGUGUGUGCAGCAUGUGGCAGGGGAGGGCUUCCCCUCCUGUUUCAGGUGGAGGAGGCGGGACUGGGCAGGGCUCUCCGUCCUCCGUCAGGGCCGGCUGCUGCUGACAGCAGUGAUGUGGCUGUGACCCCUUUCCUGCAAGUGCCAUACAUUAAAGGGGCCUCGUGCCCCGUUCUAGAUGGCAUCUGGGUUUGACUGGGUGUGGUAUUGUGGUGGGAGAUGGAAGCUCGUCUUCUAGUCACUGCUGAGUGACAGAGAAUGUGAAGCUACUUCGUGUGCAUGUGAGUGUACGCAGGUGGGUGUGUACAUUUAUGUGGUGUGCAUGCCCAUGGGUGUGCGGGUGCACAUGUCCUCAGGGUCUCAGUCUCUGCAAGUAUCAGCUGAAGAUGUGUCCUCCCGUGACUGUCAUACACUGAGACCAACAUGCUGAGUAAGAGAUCCUUGGAAAGGCUUGGAGAAGUUGGGAGAUACGACUGAUGACACCUCAGCAUAACUGCCAGUGGGGGGCAAUACUGAGCUGACAUUUGAAUGGAAUCUAAUAAUAAUGAAACCGGAGAGUAUUGAACACUUUUGUGUCACUGUUUCUAGCACUUUCUGAUAAUAGUACACAACCCCAUGAGGUAGGUAGAAACGUUUUUUUAAUAAACGAGCAGAUGCAGAAUGCAGAGUGGUAAGUUUUAACUUGCCAAAGCAGUAAGAGCCUCUAGGGCAGGAGCAGGGUCUCAGGCCAAGUGGCCUGCAGCCUGUGCUCCCACGCAUGCCGCCGUCCCUCAUGCGCUGAUGACCAUGGAAAUAGUAUCGCCACACAUAACUACAAACUCAGGCAGUGGGCCCUGCCCUUAUCUUUUACCGUGUAGGGCUCACAGAAUCCGGCUGACCUUUUUAAACUGGGUCCUAUCAGUCAUGCCCUUAUUUUUCAGAUGGAGUAACUAGGGCACAGAAAGUAAAUAUAACUUGCUCAAGACCUCACAGCUGGGAAUGGAAUUUGUACCCUAGCAGCCUGGCUGCACGCCAUGCCCUACUGGGCAUCUGCUUCACAGCAGCCAGUUAAUGGGUUACGGCCAUAUGGAUUCGGUAGCCCUCCUCCAAAGCCGGCUUCCUGGGUCCAUGUUAUUACCCUCCAGGGGGCUGCAGACAAAAUACUUCUGGAUAAAGACAGCCAGGCCAUUCCCGUCUUCAGCCAACACAAAUGAGUAAUCCAGAGCUGAAGCAUGGUGAGAAAAUGGUCUUGUCCUUUCAAGUUACCAGUGGUGGCUUCCUGGAGCACCCAGAGGCCUUGGAGGGGAGACUAAGCUGAGGUGAGGACAGACUGUUCUUCAAAGGAGCCAUGCCUGAGUGCACACACUUCUGGGACGCCUUUCACUGAUGUGUAGCUCUAAACCCACAGUGAAGCUUAAGUGUGGUCAGGGUAGACCAGAUUGUUCUUGGGUACUCAAGCAAGAUUAUCUCCUUGGCACCAGCUCGGCUUCCCUCCCUUUAUCCUAGACCCUAGAAUAAGAUAAACAGCUGGCUGGGUACAGUGCACUUUAUUGAUGGUACAUGACAAGGUAUGCCCCUCCCCUUCUUUAGGGGGUUUGGGAUGGAAAUCGAAGUUGGAAGAUUCUCAAUGUGUCGGGAUGAGUGGGGGCAUGGACUCCCCAGCAGCCGAGGGCCUCUCUCUUCCUCUUGAGCUUUUUUUGCUGGGGCUUGUGAUCCAGGGGGCUCUUACUCCUUGGAGGCCAUGUGGACCAUGAGGUCCACCACCCUGUUGCUGUAGCCAAAUUCAUUGUCAUACC